AUGGCUAAAACAAAUUCAAGUCAUCUUGAAUGCACCUUAUCUGAUACCGAUGUUUUCACACCUGCAUUUGUUCAAUCUGAUAUUGAACAUGGCUGUUUUGAAGAUAUUUUUCCGAUAACUAACCUUGAUGAUAAUGGUCCAGUUGAGUUUAGUAUUGACAAUGCAACGAAUAAGUUUUUGCAUUUAGUCAGCAGCACAUUGAAUGUUAAAUGUCGAGUUACUAAAGCAGAUGGAACAAAUCUUACAGCAACAGAUGGUGCUGUUGCACUAAUAAAUUAUCCUAUUUCAUCACUAUUCAGUCAAGUAGAUGUGAGUAUUGGAGGAAGUAUUAUUUCCUCUUCCACUAACACCUAUUCAUAUAGAGCUUUUAUCGAGACAUUGUUGAACUAUGGAGAAGAAGCUAAAAAGAGCCAAUUGACGAUGGGGUUGUUUGCAAAGGAUACUAGUGGACAUAUGGAUGCAAGCGAUGCAGCAGCUGGAGAUAAUGCUGGUUUAGUGAAAAGGCAGGGAUACACUGCACGGAGUAGAAUUGUUGAGCUUUCAGGAAGAUUACACUGUGAUAUAUUCAAUCAAGGUCGCCUGUUGCUCAAUGGUCUAUCUCUUAAAAUUACACUACAUAGAAAUAAGGAUGCUUUUUGUUUAAUGACUAAUGGAGAUAAUCCUGAUGUCAAAGUAAAAUUUGUGGAUGUGUCCCUUCGAUUACGAAAAUUACAACUCACUCCCAAGAAAUUUGAAAUGAUACAAACUAGUUUGGAGCGAACUCCAGCCUGCUAUCCAAUCAAUCGAGUACAAAUUAAAACGCACUCUUUGGCUGCUGGUUUAACAAGUUUGAAUUGGGACAAUGCUAUUCUCGGAAAACUACCCAAUCGUUUAUUCAUCGCAUUCGCAGACAAUGAUGCUCAUACAGGUUCCUACGUGAAAAACCCUUUUAACUUCAAACAUUUCAAUGUUACAUCCAUUGGUGUUUAUGUCAAUGGGGAGUCACUACCAGCUAAUCCUAUGAAGUUAAAUUUCCCUGGCGGACAUUAUUUACAAGGCUAUCGAAGCCUUUUCACUGCAACUGGUAAAAUAAAUAGAGACGAAGGUUUGGACAUUAAUCGAGAAGAAUAUUCAGAUGGUUAUAGUUUAUUUGGCUUCGACCUGUCACCUUCUCUUUGUAACGGAGAACACUACGAACCUCAAAGACAAGGAAGUAUUCGAAUCGCAUUAGAGUUUGGAACUGCCCUACCUAAUACGAUUACAGUUUUCAUGUAUGCAGAUUUCGAAAACACAAUCCAUGUGAAUAAGGCGAGAAAUAUCUUGAAGGAUUUUUAA